UCUGAGCAAGUGAGAUUUGGUUCGCUCGUUUUUCGUUGUCCAGAUUAACAAAAAACCUAAAGAGAUUAUCGUUCACACCAUUGAGAUUGUGAUUCACUCGAAGUCAUUUGACUGUAUGAUCUCAAUUAGUUGAAGCUUAUCUUGUUCUACCUUUCAAACCAAACAAUUAUUCUUCAUUGAUUGUAAUCAAUUCUCUGAUUUUCCCACUCUUAAUCAACUACACUAGAAAUUUAUAUUGUCCCGUUUAGACUCUUCUAAUCAACAUGCCAGUGAUUUUGAUUCUUAAACAUAAGUUGUCUUGAUCUGUAACAUUUUCUCAUUUCAUUUUACUCUUUCAACCUGAUUGUCAAUAUAUUCAAUUCUAACUGUUAAUUUUUAAUCCAUUUCUCUUUUUCUCUCUCUUCCAAAAAUGCCAUCAAUCGAUGGAUCCGAUUCACUUUCAAACGGACAUCAACUGCUUUCCCAUUCUAAUGGUCAAUCUAAUGGUUUAAUCGGUUUUCAUCCUGUUUUAAGAGCGAUGGCGAAAAGUUCAACCAAUGGAUCAACAAGUAAAGUGGCUUAUGAGAAUCGUGAUGAACUUCACAAAGCUCAAAGGAUCGUAGUUAAGGUUGGAAGUGCUGUUCUAACCCGUGAAGAUCAGUGUGGCUUUGCUCUUGGAAGAUUAGCAUCGAUUGUUGAACAAGUCUCUGAACUUCGUAACAAGGGUAAAGAUGUGAUCAUUGUGACCAGUGGAGCGGUUGCUUUGGGUAAACAGAAAAUCGCCACCGAGCUAAAAAUGUCCCAAUCAAUGAGACAAACAAUCCGACAAUUAACCAGUGAAUCAACUUCUGGUAUUCAAUCCUCAGCUCCUCAGGUUCGAGCUGCUGCAGCCAUUGGACAAAGUAACCUAAUGGCUCUUUACGACACCAUGUUUGUUCAAUAUGGAGUUAAAAUAGCCCAAGUAUUGGCCACAAAGAGCGAUUUCCAUAAUCCAAUAAGUCGAAUCAAUUUGAGUUACACUAUCGAUGAUUUACUUCACCUAAGUAUUGUCCCAAUCGUCAAUACCAAUGACGUUAUUGUUUCCCCAAUGAUGCCUGAUCAUCCAGAGAUAAUCAUCGAACCAGAAACAGGACCAAAAGAGCAAGCAAUUAUGGUCCAUGACAAUGAUAGUUUAGCCGCUUUACUUUCCGUUGAAAUUGGUGCUGAUUUACUAAUCAUUUUAUCAGAUGUUGAUGGUGUUUACACUGCCCCACCAGACCAACAAGGAUCUAAAUUGAUAAACAUUUACUCGACCAACAGUGAGAAUCCUGUUACUUUUGGCAGUAGUAACAAAGUUGGAACUGGUGGAAUGAAGUCUAAAGUGGACGCUGCCUCUUGGGCAUUAGAUCGAGGAGUGACCACUGUUAUUUGCAAUGGACACGAGACGAAUGCAAUUAAAAGAAUCGUCGAUGGAUACAAAAUUGGAACCUUUUUCACCAAUUAUCGAGAAGAGGUUUCAUCAGUUGAAAUUUUAGCUGCCAAAGCUCGUAUUGGUGGUGCAAAAUUGGCAUCUUUAAAGCCGGAAGAAAGAGCCGACAUCCUGGAAACUAUUGCGAAUCUUUUGACCGAGAAUAAAUCGGAAAUACUGGCUGCUAAUAAAAAGGAUUUAAAACAAGCAACAGAAUCAGGUUUAGCUCCUGUUUUAUUAUCCAGAUUGAAGUUGGAUGAAAAGCUGAAAAGUUUAUCCGAUGGAUUGAAAUCAAUAGCAGAGAAAUCAAAGUUGAUGUUGAAUCGAGUGAUUAAAGAGACAAUUAUCGCCGAUAAUUUGAUCUUGAAACAAAUAACUGUCCCUAUUGGAAAUAUUUUAAUAAUUUUCGAGUCACGACCUGAUUGUCUUCCACAAAUCGCCGGCCUAUCAAUCGCAACGGGAAAUGGAAUCAUAUUGAAAGGAGGAAAAGAAGCCAAUCAUUCAAACCAAUUUCUUUGGCAACUUAUCCAAAAGGCACUUUCAAAAUAUCAUGUUGAAGAUUCUGUUGCAUUGGUUAAUACCCGGGAAGAGAUUGGCGAGUUAAUUACAUUGGAAAGUCACAUUGAUCUAAUUAUUCCCCGUGGGUCAUAUGAUCUUGUUCGUAGUAUUAAAGAAAAGGCUGGUACUAUUCCCGUUCUUGGACAUUCUGAAGGAGUUUGUCAUGUUUAUGUUGAUAAAGAUGCCGAUCUAAAGAAAGCAAUUGAUAUUGUUAUCGAUUCCAAAUGUGAUUAUCCUUCUGCUUGCAAUGCAAUGGAAACUCUUUUACUUCACAAAUCUUUAGUUAAUAGCGACUUUUUCCUUAAACUUUGCAAUGAAUUAAAAGCCAAAGGGGUGACAGUUCAUUCUGGACCUAAACUUGUUUCUAUCUUGACCUUUGCUCCACCUUUAACUGAUUCAUUGAAAAAAGAGUAUGGAACCUUAGAUUGUACCAUUGAACUGGUCGACGAUGUGGAAGAAGCAAUUACGCAUAUCAAUACUUUCGGAAGUGGUCACACCGAUGUUAUUAUCUCAGAAAAUGAUGAAACAACCUCUUUAUUCACUUCGAGAGUCGACAGUGCCUGUUGUUUUCACAACUGUAGUUCUCGAUUUGCUGAUGGCUAUCGAUUUGGUCUUGGUGCUGAAGUCGGAAUCAGUACAGGCAAAAUUCAUGCCCGAGGACCUGUUGGGAUGGAAGGUCUCUUAUCAACAAAAUGGAUUCUCACUGGAAGUGGGCAAACAGUUCAAAACUUCACGGAAGGAGUUUAUCAAUAUAAACACAUCGAGGUUCAACCAAAAAACAACUAAAUCAAUUCGAAAGUUUCGAGAAGUUGAUAGAAAAUGAGAAAAAAUUCAAUUCAUUUGUACUCAAUGUUCAAAGUGCCUAAUCGAUUUGUAUUUUUUUUAUUGAUUAUCUAAAAUUUGACUGCAAUAGAUCAAAUUUAAUUAAUCUCCCUUACCAACUUUUCCGUUCAAUAAACAAUUAAAUUGUUACAACUUA